AGCGGCGCAGUAAGAUGAGUUUGUUCAUGUUGAUGACAUUAGUGACUAGUGGCUCACUAGUGAUACUGGAACAGCUGUGUGUUUAUCGUUCCGCGCGUGUAGACUUAUGUCCGUGAUUAUUUUUUGACUACCGAGAAAAACAAUGUUAAAAUUCAACACUGUGAUUUCGAAAGGGUUGUGAUAAUAAGGAAUUAUAGAAAAAAAAACUAGUUUUAUACAGGGUUUUAGGAUGGUUUAAAGGAAACGUUGACCCUUGAUCGCAUGUUGGUUAUGUAAAACCGAAAAACACACCGAAAUCUCACGAUGACAACAGAAAAAGGGGGCGCAGCCCCUAAUGCGAGUAGCGACGGCGGAGGCCAAAGCACUGGAACGUCUGGACAAUGCAAAGGGCACAGGCGCCAGGAGUCCAUGUAUGCCAUGACUGGCUUAUAUUCCGAAAGCAUACCAGAGGAGCAAGCAGAAUCAUGUACAGAGGAGGUGGGGUCUACAGCCAAAUGCAACACUGCAUUCUGUCAUGGUACAGACACUGUGGUGAUAAAAUGUCACAGUCGAAACCCCUCGUCAGGUUUUGACCCUCAUAGGGCUGUAGCCGCAGUCGGAACUAUGGGGAGAACCAGUGAACCUCCACCUGUGAUACUUAGGGAUUCAAAGGACUGUGGCAUUCUGGGUUUUAGGCCUUCUUGUGUACAAACCCUUGCUAGCAUCAAGUUCUUCGUAUUAUUACUCUCCUUCUUGGUGACCCUACAGCAAGCAUUAAGCUCUGGAUAUAUCAAUUCUGUGAUAACCACAAUUGAGAAACGAUUCGAGAUACCGUCGAGUCUCUCUGGAUUAGUAGCAUCAUCUUAUGAAAUCGGAAAUGUGAUAACAGUGAUAUUCGUUAGUUACUUGGGUAGUCGGCGGCAUAUUCCAGUAUGGAUUGGGGUAGGGGCGAUAAUAAUGGGGUUGGGCUCUCUCAUCUUCAUGGUGCCGCAUUUUAUUGCGGAUGAGAACCUUGGGGUAACAAAGGUAAACAAUAGCGAAGAAAAUAUGUGUCGAACUGUACCUGUGCAUGAGGAUAUGGGGGGACUAGGAAGGUUAUCUUCUGGACUGCCAUCUCCGCCAUUAGCACCUAAUAAUAUUAGAGAAGAUAAUUGCAUAGAGGGCUCACCAUCUACUACCGGGCCUGUGCUAUUGUUUGUGUUAGCCCAAUUACUUUUAGGCUGUGGAGGGUCUCCUCUUCUGACACUAGGCACUACUUAUAUUGAUGACCAUGUACGAUCAGAAAGUUCUUCUAUUUAUAUUGGAUGUAUGUAUAGUAUGGCAGCAUUUGGUCCAGUUCUUGGAUUUCUCCUAGGCGCCUAUCUUCUUUCCUUCCACAUGGACUCACUAUCAAAAAUCAUCUCAAUCAGUGCAGGCGAUAGCAAAUGGGUUGGCAUGUGGUGGGGAGGCUUUUUACUGUGUGGAUUGUUGCUUAUAAUCGUAGCCAUACCGUUUUUCUCAUUUCCAAAAGUACUUACACACGAAAAAGAAAAAAUACGUUUAAUGGAGAAACAGGCUGCAGCAAAUGCUGCCGGUACGAGUAGCGGCAAUAAAGAGAAACAGGUCAAUGCGAAUACAAAUAUUAGUGAUGACACGGAUGCAUAUGGAAAAGAUAUUAAAGAUAUACCAAGAUCCAUGUGGAGGUUAGCUUCAAAUCCAGUUUAUAUGGUCACAUGUUUAGGAGCCUGCAUGGAACUUAUAAUAGUAUCUGGUUUUGUGGUGUUUCUUCCCAAAUAUUUGGAAACACAGUUUAAUUUGGGAAAAAGCCAAGCCAGUGUUUUUACUGGAUCCAUUGCAAUACCCGGAGCCUGCAUAGGAAUCUUUUUGGGAGGCUUGGUACUUAAGAAGAUGGAACUGAGGCCAAAAGGAGCUGUACAGUUUGUCUUAAUAUCAAACACAAUAUGUCUAUUGUGCUAUGGCCUAUUGUUCUUCUUGGGAUGUGACAAUCUUAAAAUGGCGGGAACUACCAUUCCUUACUUCAGCAGCAAUCAGCCUUUCCAAGUAAAUCUCACAUCUGCUUGUAACUUUGGUUGCGAGUGCAGUAUGGAUGACGUUGAACCUGUUUGUGGAAACAAUGGAUUGACAUAUUUCAGCCCCUGUCAUGCGGGCUGUACUGCCAUUUUAAGCUCUAAUUACACCAACUGUGCCUGUAUACAUCAAAACAUGAGCUUAAGAAAUGGUUCUUCCAUAAAUUACGCUUCCCCACUCGAGAGUGACUACUCUGAGGUGACCAUUGUGCCUGUAGCGACGGCAGGACCAUGCAAUUCACAAUGUCAUACAAUAUAUCCAUUUUUGAUAUUACUAUUUUUUAUGACGUUUAUUGUGGCAAUCACACAGAUGCCUUUAUUGAUGAUAGUAUUAAGGUCUGUCAGCGAAGAAGAACGAUCUUUUGCAUUGGGCAUGCAGUUUGUUAUAUUUCGCUUGUUCGGAUACAUCCCAGCACCAAUCCUUUUUGGAAAUCUUAUUGAUUCUACUUGUUUACUGUGGAAAAGUACAUGUGGAUCAAAAGGAGGCCGAUGUCUGUUGUAUGACAUCGAACAAUUCCGCUACAGAUAUGUAGGUUUAUGUGCAGGGAUCAAGAUUUUGGCCUUGGGCAUUUUUUUGACCGAUUGGUGGUUAGUUCGCAGAAGAAAACUUUUGGAUGAAGAUAAAGUCAUCUCUGCUAACGAGAUCGUUGGAUCAAUUAUAAGCCUAGAUAAAUUAUUUGCUGAAGGUCUAAGCAGAGGACAUUCAAGGUCUCAUUCCCGUUGUCACUCGAGAAAUUUAAGUUCAGUGACAGCACAUGAUUUUCCACCUCCGAAUUCCCCAAAAACAAUGAAGCUAGUAAAGGAAGCAUUGGAAGCCCAUUUAGCUGCGAGUAAAGCAGCUGCAACCGAAGAGAAAAUCGAGCCCCAGGUGGAUGAAACCGAUGUGGGACUUAAGAGGCGUCACAUUUAGUGCAAUGGUCUUAUUUUUAGUUAAUUUAUGAUUUAUUCCUGCCUUUUUAGGUUACUUAAACGUUUAGGUUAGCUCUUAAACUGGUUAGUUUUAAAGAUUUAGCAUUAUUAGUAUCUUAAAGUGUUAUUAAGUGACAGGUUCCUCUUGGUGUACAAACGUGAUAUUUUUUCUAAUGUUGUCUAAUGACAUAAUAUAAUGAUAAUUACUAAUAUUAGUGAAAGUUAAUAAAAUAAACUCUAUACCCUAACAGCUAAGAAACAGAUUAUAAUGUCUGCACACUCAGGGAUCUGUCCUUGUAUAAAGUCGAAUUAUUUCGAUUUAUAAGUUAAAAUAACAAAAGCAGUGUUGCCGAUUAUAAUAUACAGUUCGGUCGCUCAAUAACUAAAUAAUAAAAUAUACAAGAAAUAAUAUUAUUGCUAACUUACGGAAUCUAAAGUUUGUACAAUAAUUGGAACAAUAUAUUUUUACUAAAAUACUCGGUAAGUUAGGUAAACAGUUUCAUGGCAAAGUUUAAUAAGCGAAGUUACUUACAACCCUCCUACAUGGUUUCAAAUCUUCGAAUUACUUGCUAAUGGCAAUACUUUUAUUAAACACAUAUCCUCCAAAAUGGUUAUAAAUUCUACUUGCAUAAUUUUCACGCUUUCCAAUUUUCACAAAACUUAGCUUUAACGAGAGUUCGCAAAAGAGCGUCCGAUUAAACUUUAUUUAUUUUUAAUUUAGAUCAUAAAGAUUAACAGAGCUUUUAGUUCUUUGCCAUUUAAGUAAGUUGAUUGCAUCAAAUGUAGUGUAGCUAACCGGCCACCCAGAAUCUCGUUUGAAUAUUAUUAUUUUCUGUUUUAGUCAAUCCAGACUGCUGACUAUUAUUUAAGUAUGCCGAACUUCGUCAUUUGUCGUGGUUUAACGCGCGUGUCAAUUAUUAAAAAAAAAGACUGUUACUUGCAUAUCAAUGAUAUUGUCAAACAAUCACAAAUUUAUUUUUAAGUUAAAAUUUGAAUAAACUAUUCUCCUUGAAAUGCCUUAGCUUUCAAUUAAUUUCGUUACUUUGGGUUUAAGGAAAAGUUAGCAGUCUGGAUUAGGGAUUUAAAUGUUUGUAUACAAGGCGAAGUAUUGAAGUUACUUAUAAAAGCCUAAAUUUUUUACAAUCAAUUCGUCCUGGCAAAUCUUCAAGCAAUUCCAUAUUGGAAAACAAUAAAUUACGUUUGUGUCAGUGUAAAAGAUCAUUUAAGUACCCAUAACAUAGAAUACAUUUUUGAAGGCUUUGUAUACAUACAAUUAAAGGUGAAAUUAUUCGGUUAUAUUUUAUUUUUUGGUACCACUGAUAUUUUCCUCGAAUCUGAUCUCUCCCUGAUUAUGAGGUACUUAUGAGUAUUUUUAAGACUUUUAAACCCUAAUCGAUUUUACUAAACUUAACAUUCCAAGUAUAUUAAUAAAUCUUCAGCUAAGCUUGUACUUAUAGAUUAAAUAAAUCGCGGGUUAAUUUCUGUGCCACAGUAUACAAUAGUUGUAUUUCUUUCGGAAAGUUUGACUUCAUUUUUGGUAUUGAUCUGAGACAAACAAUAAUUUGCCGAUUUUGGCCAAGUUUAUAAAAUAUAAUUAAACCAAAGAUAAUAGUUUUUAUAAGACUUGCUAAAAUUAUAUUAAUUUUGACCCUUCAAUGGCAAAACACCAGAAGUGAACUUAUAACUGUAAAUAGGUACAUGAUUCGACUUCGAAAAUAUUACGGCAAUAUACAGUGUGAUUAGAAUGUUUAAGAUAGAUGAAGUAAAAAGAGAAUGUGUAUGAAAUGAAGUAGAGGUCCACAAAAAUAUUUAAUUUGUAGCUUAUAUUUUAAUACCAACGUGUUUAUUUUAUUUUUUUGUUAAUUUUUAAUGUGCUUAAGUUUGUAAUGUGGUUUUUAAUAUUACACCUUUGAACAAUUGAAA